UGCGCGCGCCCUCAAGUCCAGCUUCAGCAGCAGCACGCGCACCUCAGGAGACAGGAUCGGGCAUCUGCAGAGCCCGACACGUUUCUAAAUAAAACCGGAAUAACGCCAUGAGAUUACAUCGUCUUUGAUGGAGGUGAUGUUUUGGUAGGAACCUCUAUCGUAAGAUGCUGUGGUGUUGCGCGAGGAUCCUGAACACCACAAUGAAGCUGCUAUUUUUGGUGGCACUCUUAUGGCGCGGGGCAUUGUGCGGAUCUCCGAGCGUCCAGAUUGGUGGUUUAUUUCCCAGGGGCGCAGAUCAGGAAUACAGUGCAUUCCGAGUUGGCAUGGUUCAGUUUGGGAUGACAGAUUUCAGGCUAACUCCACACAUAGAUAACCUGGAGGUGGCCAACAGCUUUGCUGUUACUAACUGCUUUUGUUCCCAGUUCUCUCGGGGUGUCUAUGCCAUUUUUGGCUUCUAUGACAAGAAAUCGGUCAACACCAUCACAUCCUUUUGUGAGACACUUCAUGUCUCCUUCAUUACACCUUCUUUCCCAGCAGAAGGAAUGAAUCAGUUUGUUCUCCAAAUGAGGCCGGACAUCAAGGGGCCACUAGUUUCAUUAGUGGAAUACUACAAAUGGGAAAAGUUUGCCUAUCUGUAUGACAGUGAUCGAGGUCUUUCGACUCUUCAGGUAAUACUGGACACUGCAGCAGAGAAAAAAUGGGUCGUCACUGCAAUAAAUGUAGGAAACCUGAAAGAUGAGAGAAAGGAUGAAGCCUACCGGUCCCUGUUUCAGGACCUGGAGAUCCGUAAGGAACGGCGCAUCAUACUGGACUGCGAACAAGAUAAAGUGAAAGACAUCAUGGAGCAGGUGAUCACUAUAGGCAGGCACGUGAAAGGAUAUCACUAUAUCAUCGCAAACUUGGGUUUUGUGGAUGGUGACCUCUCUAAAAUCCAGUAUGGAGGUGCAAAUGUGUCUGGCUUUCAGAUUGUAGAUUUUGAUGAUCCUGUGGUGGCAAAGUUUGAUCAGCGAUGGGAGGCUUUGGAAGAAAAGGAGUAUCCUGGAGCUGAUAUAAGGAUUAGAUAUACUUCAGCCCUCACCUAUGAUGCAGUCCAUGUGAUGACUGAGGCAUUCCGAUUCCUGCACAAGCAAAGAAUAGAUAUAAGUCGUCGUGGCAACAGUGGGGACUGUCUAGCUAAUCCAGCAGUGCCCUGGGCGCAGGGGGUGGAAAUUGAGCGUGCCCUCAAACAGGUGCAUGUAGAUGGUUUAACAGGGAAUAUACAGUUUGACCAGUACGGGAAAAGGAUCAACUAUUCGGUGACCAUCAUGGAGCUUAGGAACAGUGGACCUGUUAAGAUUGGGUAUUGGAAUGAGGUGGAUAAGAUGGUUCUGACAAAGUCAGACCUUUACCCAAAUGACACAAUGGGAAUGGAAAAUAAGACUGUCAUCGUUACAACAAUACUGGAAGCACCGUAUGUGAUGCUAAAGAAGAAUGCUGAAUUGUUUCAAGACAAUGACCGUUAUGAAGGUUACUGUGUCGACCUGGCUGCGGAGAUUGCAAAGCACUGUGGGAUACGCUACCAGCUAAGGAUUGUGGGAGAUGGCAAAUAUGGAGCAAGAGAUGCUGAAACCAAAAUCUGGAAUGGUAUGGUUGGAGAGCUGGUAUAUGGGAAAGCAGAUAUAGCUAUUGCUCCCCUGACAAUCACUCUUGUCCGUGAAGAGGUGAUAGAUUUCUCCAAACCCUUCAUGUCUUUGGGAAUCUCCAUCAUGAUUAAAAAGCCACAAAAAUCCAAACCAGGUGUUUUCUCCUUUCUGGACCCGCUGGCCUAUGAAAUCUGGAUGUGCAUUGUCUUUGCCUACAUAGGAGUUAGUGUUGUUCUCUUUCUGGUAUCCAGGUUCAGCCCUUAUGAAUGGACGCUUGAGGAGCCAGAAGAUGGAGCCUUGCCAUUAACCACUGAAUCCACCAAUGAGUUUGGGAUCUUUAAUUCUCUUUGGUUUUCUUUGGGUGCUUUCAUGCGACAGGGUUGUGACAUCUCACCAAGGUCUCUUUCAGGACGUAUAGUUGGUGGGGUGUGGUGGUUUUUCACUCUGAUCAUUAUCUCAUCAUACACUGCUAACCUGGCUGCCUUCCUCACGGUGGAGAGGAUGGUGUCUCCCAUUGAGAGUGCUGAAGACCUGGCUAAGCAGACGGAGAUAGCAUAUGGAACACUGGACUCUGGAUCCACCAAGGAGUUUUUCAGGCGUUCUAAAAUCGCCUUGUUUGACAAGAUGUGGCAGUACAUGAAAAACGCAGAACCUUCAGUUUUUGUCAAGAAAACAUCAGAGGGUGUCCAGCGUGUCAGGAAAUCCAAGGGAAAGUACGCUUACCUGCUGGAGUCCACCAUGAAUGAGUACAUCGAGCAGAGGAAACCCUGUGACACAAUGAAAGUUGGAGGAAACCUGGACUCAAAAGGCUAUGGCAUCGCCACACCAAAAGGAUCCCCAUUAAGAAAUGCGGUGAACCUGGCGGUGUUAAAGUUGAACGAGCAGGGGCUGCUGGACAAACUGAAAAACAAGUGGUGGUAUGACAAGGGAGAAUGCGGCAGCGGAGGAGGGGAGAGCAAGGAGAAGACCAGCGCACUCUCUCUUAGUAAUGUAGCAGGAGUCUUCUACAUCCUGGUUGGAGGUCUGGGAUUAGCCAUGAUGGUGGCACUGGUCGAGUUUUGCUACAAGAGUCGUGCAGAAGCCAAAAAAAUGAAGAUGAAAUUCACGGAUGCGAUGCGCUCCAAAGCUCGUCUGUCUAUCACAGGAUCGACCAGCGAGAAUGGUCGUGUUCCAGUGGCUUACCUCCGUCCUGGAUUACCCAUGAGUCUCAGCAUGACUGAUCUCUCCUGACUACAUCCAAGCCAGUGCCUUACAGCUAGAAAGACUGGACAGAUGUCUACCCACCACUUGGCUGUCAGGCUUCAGCAAAGACCUGCCCAUCAACGAAGAGAGUCACUUGACCAUCAGUGAGAAGAAUGGCUGUUCAUAUACAAAUUCAUGAAAAGCAAUCAAGCACAGUGGACAGUUUUCUAAUCAAAUACACAUCAUUGUUUAAUGGAUUUUUUCCCCCUCUUGUACAGACAACAAGAAACAAUGAUGCUAACGCAAUAACCAUAUUAAUCAGGAAUGUGAUCAGGAGUUAUAAAAGCAGACUGAUGGAAUGAAAUAUCACAUCCAUAAAAUAUUAGUAAUUGUGGUAGCAUAUUGCUAUUGUUCCUAUUUUUUCUCCUUAUUUUUCCCUGAAAAUCCCUAAUGAGUGGAAACUUUUACCAGAUUAAGGGAUGCAUGGACUGGCAACCACAGGUACACAGUAUAAACACUUCUACAACACAACACUACAAAAACAUACAAAUUUUAUGCAGGGAUGGGCUGAAAUGGGUUAAAAAAGUACCUGAGCAAGGUGUGAUACCGAAAGCAUCAACAAAUGCAAUCUGAGAAAGUGAAUAUUCCUGGCUCAAACUGGCCACUCAUCAGUAUUACGAUUAAAAUGAAGCAAUUACUAAUGUUUAUAAUGCAUUUCAUGAAAUGUUGUCCACUCCAAGAUAUGUUAAAUAAUUAAACAAAAUUCCCCAAAUAUUUAAUGUUUAAUCCAAUUAAAAAUUUUAAUUGGAUUCUUGGUAACAUGAAUAUUUUAUAGUUUUUGCAGAAUUACUGUAAAUAUGUUUACAUUUUCCUCUUGUUCAUUGGGCAAUAGCUUAACAGUGAUUUAUGUUUGACUGUGUGACACACAGCUCUAAACGUUUAAUGAUCAGCAUAUGAAAUUAUAAAAUAGACAUAAUAAAUCAUGUUGAAUCAGUUAAAUAUAUUUUAACACCUUGUGUAAACAGCACAUUGGCAGUUUUUACAUUCCUCGUUUUUCAUGCUGUACUGUUAACUACAGGAUCAUAAAUUUAGCCAUAGCCAGAUUUAACCAUUAUUAUAUACACAAAAUAGAGUUAGGAAAACUAGAUGGAGAUUCAACCCUGGUUAUGGACAAAUCACACGGUGUGGUUAGUAAGGGAAGUUUUACUUGUUGGUGAUAAGAAAGAAAAAUGUAUGUUAGCAGAAGCAAACUCCAAUGCAAGGUGUCCCAGCAAGUUAAAGACUGAGAUAGGUGGUAUACACUCAGAACUGGGUCAAAUAAAGGGAAAACACACACAAACAUAGGCUUGAAUUAAAAUCAGCUAAGUGAAGGUGAAUUAAAACGAUCAAAAACUGCAGGUCAGAUUGAGUUUUAGAGCAAAGUUCUGUGAAGCAUCAGCCCCAGGUUAGCUUCAGUGCUUAUCUAAAUAUUAUUGGUUUUAUCCAUAAAUAAAUACACAGAAAAUAGCAACUUUAAGUGUGUGCAGUUAUUUAAUAUACUGGUAUCCUUACUGAAUAUGGACACUAACAGGGACUAAAAAAUACACAUACAAGUCGCAUAAAUUGUGUAGCUGUUUGGCAGCUAUUGGCAGUCAUUUGUCAUGAAGACACUGAAGGGGUACUUUGAUCAUUUUUUGUUGCACUUCCACAAAGUGAAGAUAUUUAAAAUUCCUUAAUAAGCUCUAAAAACAGAAACACACAUUCAUAAGGCAUUCAAUAGGGCUAUUUCAUGAAUCCCAAUUAAUUGGUAACACCCUACACAUGUCAGUAUGCUUUGUUUGUAAUAUAAUAAUUUUUUUAACCUCCUAGGACCUGGCGUCCACAUAUGUGGACAUCACAUUUUGGGUUAUUUAGACUAAAAUACUCAAUUUUGCUCUACAAGGGCCUGAUAUCCACUUACAAGGACAUCAUACUGCUACUGUUCUAUCAAAAUUUUAAAUGAAUAUCCUCAUAUGUGGCUCUUAUUUUUUUCUUAAAAACAAAAAUACGGUAAAAAAAAAUAAUCUGGUAAUUCUUUGUUUUUACAUUCAUCGGCCCCCAAUCAGCCCAAAUAUCAAAGAGAAAUUAAAAAAGCAUGCCGUGGAAGAGUUCGGGUCUUAGGAGGUUAAAACUGAUCUGAAACCAGUUAAAAACCAGUUUUUAUUCUUCUUUUCUUGUAGAAACCACUCUUUUUUUCACAGAUCUUUCUUGGUAAUUUGGUUUUGCAUGGCAUCUAUGACUGUAUAUUCACCAUUUGAACUGCUGAUAAGUAAAAAUUGAAAGGCACAAUAAAGUGCAACCCACUGGCAGCAAAAUAGGCUAAUGUUACUCAUAUCAGUGCUAUAUUAUAAACAAUCACUUUCUGUUGGCUGCUGUAGUGUAGUAAAUUAUCUAUUAUCUAGAUCUAGAAUUUAAAAAUUGCAUUUAAUUUUAAAGACACGCUCUAUUUUCUUUAAAGAAAAAAAGACUAUCAGACAAAUAAAUAAUUUAUUCAAAACAGAAUCAGAACGUUUGCAUUCAAAGAUCUAAACAAAAAAUGUGUGUCUAAAUUACAUCUUGCUCUCACCCUAUGGCAGUUGGGAUAGGCUCCCC